GUCUUUACUUUUUAAUCAAUAUCUAAUUUUGAUAAAAAUAUUUUGAUGUUUCAUCAAAUUCAUUAGUCAUUAGCCGUUGACGGGACAGUGGGGCACGUCUGGACUUUGGAUCCUCGGUCCGGGGUAGUGCGGAGUGAGGACAAAUAACAUAUAUCAUUUUAGGAGGCUUUAGGCUUUAAUGGUCGCCAUGAAAUGACUAAAGUACUGCUAAUAAUUUUUUUUCUACCAAAUAAUUAUUCAUAAUUAUUUUCUUCGUUCAACGCAACUAUAAUUACUAAUUAGUCAUUCAACGAUGGCUAACCAUCCAUCUACAAUUAGUAUGUUAUUGUCUAUGCGAUAAAUCCAAUUUUUCAUUCUCAUAAUAUUAAAGACAAAGUUUUAUUUAGUUUUAUCCUUCCUAUUUUAAUUGUCUUAACAAUAUGGAUGAUGAUGAUAAAAAAGGUUGUAUGCUCAGAAAUCAAGAAGGAUAUCGACCCGAAUUUCGCUACAGCCGAGUCAUGGGCAAGAUGAGCGGAUCAGUGGUCAUCAACGUGAAGCGGCCGGUGUACCAGCUGGACGACCUGCACGACGGCAACCCGAACGUGGACCUGGAGGCGACCGUCAAGCGGAAAAAAGUGGCCAAGCUGAAGUGGUCGGACGUGAAAACGGUGGUGCCGGCGAUCGACUGGCUGUUCACCAACUAUAACUGGUCCGAGGACUUCUUCAAGGACUUCGUGGCCGGGUUCACGGUGGCCGUGCUGAACAUACCGCAGGGCAUGGCGUACGCAAUGCUCGGCAACGUGGACCCGACCGUCGGCCUCUACAUGGCCAUCAUGCCCGUCAUCGUUUACAGUCUGCUGGGCACGUCCAAGCACGUUUCGAUGGGAUCGUUCUCGGUCGUUUGCCUGAUGACCGGCAAGGUGGUCAGCACUUACGCCAACGCCAACGCCAACGCGGCUGCGGAUCCCACGGCUGGCGCGUUCGCCGACCCGGCCGUAUCGCUGCAGCCGCACAACGCGGCUGCCGUGUACACGUCCAUCGAGGUGGCCACGGCCGUCACUCUGAUGGUCGGCCUCAUACAGAUACUCAUGUACGUGUUCCGGUUGGGCGUCGUGUGCACAAUACUGUCCGAGACGCUGGUCAGCGGGUUCACAGCCGGCGCGGCCGUUCACGUGGUCACGUCCCAGAUGAAGGAGCUGCUGGGCGUCAAAAUCGAGAACCACAACGGGCUGUUCCAGAUCGUCCUCACCUACUACGAUAUCGCCAACCGGAUCCGGGACGUGAACUUCGCCACGAUCACCGUGUCCUCGAUCACCAUCAUCCUGUUGCUGUCCUACAACAUGCACCUGAAGGCUUUCAUCAACAAGCGGCUGUUCAUGCCCGUGCCUAUCGAGCUCAUCACGAUCGUUAUCGGGACGAUGCUCUUCCAGUUCACCACGUUCUCGGAUGACUAUCAAAUCAAACUGAUAGGCGAAAUCGAGAGCGGCCUGCCCGACUUCAAACCGCCGCCGGUGAACUUGCUGAUGAGCGUGAUCACCGAGAGCGCGAUAAUCGCUAUCGUCGCGUACUCGAUCACUAUGUCCAUGGCGCUGCUGUUCUCGGAGAAGCUCAAGUACUCGAUCGACACGAACCAAGAGCUGCUGGCCCAGGGCGUGGGCAACGUGUUCGGUUCGUUCUUCUCGUGCCUGCCGUUCGCCGCGUCGCUGUCUCGCAGCGCCACCCAGCAGACGGUCGGCGGCCGCACCCAGAUGGCCAGCAUCGUUUCCGCCGGGCUGCUGGUGGCCGUCGUCCUGUGGAUCGGCCACCUGUUCCAGCCGCUGCCCAGGUGCGUGCUGGCCAGCAUCACGAUCGUGGCCCUCAAGGACAUACUGCUCCAGGUCCGGGACGUGGUGCGCGUGUGGCGGACGUCCAAGGCGGACGCGGCCAUUUGGAUCGCGACGUACUGCACCGUGGUGCUGGUCGAGAUCGACGUCGGACUGCUGGCCGGCGUGGUCGUGUCGCUGUUCUUCGUGUUUAGCCGGGGCAUCGGCACCGGCGUCGUGGUGCUGGGCCGGAUACCGGACACCGACCUCUACGUGGACAUGGACAGGUACCGGCGCGCGGUCGAGGUGCCCCGCGUCCGGAUCGUCCACUACUCCGGAAGCCUGAACGUGACCAACCGGAACGUGUUCCGGGACAAGGUGCACGGCGCGCUGUGCCGGUACGACGGGCAGCUGGCCCCGAUCACCAUAUCGAUAAACAGCGGCAAGGAGACGGUCGUCCGGGCCCAGUGCGUCGUGUUCGACCUGGCCGGCAUGCACUACGUGGACAGCUCGGGGCUGACCAUGUUCGCGCGGCUGGUCGACCAGCUCAACGAGGCCGGCCUGCUGGUGUACGUGGCCGCCGUUUCCGGGAACGUGUACGACUGCAUGCGAGCCCGGCAACUCGGCACCGUCCAGUUCUUCCCGUCCGUCCACGACGCCGUCGAGUUCUACAACAACUUGGAAGAGUUGAGGGCGUGAUCGCGCGCCCCGAAAACAAAACCGUUUCCGGUUUGUCCGUUCAAAGUGUGUACAAAAUAAUAUUAUCGUAAACGUCGUGCACGUGUCCCCGGCUAAAAGUUCGUCGGCGCUGUAGCGUUUUAGCCGACAACAACUAAGAUUUCAAACAAGUUUUAUUAAUCGAUCGUCUAUUAUUACCAUACGUAGGCGCCAACGAACUGUUGCACGAACCACGCCAGCUGUUUUGUUGAUUACAACGAUAUUUUACUAUCAUCAUAAACAUCACGCUAUUUUAAAUUUAAGUGUGCAUUAGAUUUACGGUCGGGACUCGAACGCAAUUUUACAAUAUUUUAGAUUCCUUUCGCCUUCUCCCCCCUCCCCCCCCCCCAUCCGUUGUCGUACGUUUCGCUAAACUAGCUGGACAAAAUGUCGGAUCAGCGCAGUAGUUCCUAUGGUAUAGAGCGAGGUUUGAUAUACGUAAAAAUAGUACGUAUUUAAAAUGUCAUUUUAAAUCAAUAAAUCUAUAAAAAAAAAAAAAAUACAAAGUUGACGCGUUGAGUGAUUUAAUUAUCGUGUGUUAUAAUACCGAUUAUAUAAAUUAAAAUAUAACAAUUCUGCACGAUCGAUUCGGUUUGCGUACAGACGAUGAUCUCCAUAGAAAAUUAGGCGUUUGUAUAUAUUAUUAUAACAGAUCGUCUGAUGGUCGGUUAACGAUUUUCAAUUGCGAUCCGUUUGACGUCAAAUGUGAUUCUAAAUCGUCGCAAUAAUUAUCGGCUUAGUCAGUCAGACGUUAUACUAUUUUUGUUGAUGUCUUGGUCACGGUGCGAUCCGACACUGUCCUAUGGAUUUUUUAGUCAACAAUUCGAUAUCCCACCUUAAUCAUAAAUACCUAAGUAUAAUAUGUGUAUAAGGGUGGUUUCAAGAUUCUAUUUUAUUUUAUUUUAUUUUU